CGCUCGCUCGCUCACUCGCUCGGCCUGACUCUUCGUGCGCUCGGAAAUGUCAUUUGUCAAUCACAGUGCGAGCGCAACGGUUGUCCGAGAGAGAGCUGCCAGCCUCUGUUAAUGUCCAAAACACACAGACUGCUAACACGGCUAAAACACUGCUAAACAGUUAACACUCAAUCACGACUUGUAGGAAGUUCCAGAUUACGUCUGUGCGCAAAUUGGGCAAAUCCCCUGGCAACCGAGUUCGAAAUCGAAAAACGAAAGACGAGCCACCAACAAAAUUAACCAAUAAAAGCAAAAACCCAGCAGCAACGGCUGCGGAGUGUGUCUCAGUGUGCCAAAAGUGAAGUGCUAAACAACCAAAAAAUACAGCGAAGAGAAACAGCAAAUUACACAAAGAUAUCGAGUCCAACAAAUAUUGAAAACCGUUCAAAUAAUGGAUAGCCACGCCACGCCAGUGCCAAUGUCCGUGCCUUGGGCGAGUGCCGCCAGUGUCACCUGCCUUUCCCUAGAUGCCAAAUGCCACAGCUCCAGCUCCAGCUCCGACUCCAGCUGCCACACAGACUCUGCCAAUACAAAGUUGCGCCACAUUGCGUAUACGCAGCGCUGCAGCAGCAGAUGGACAAUGCUGAUGACCGUGCUGCUGCUCCUGCUGCCGCUGAGCUUUACGCCAGCGCACAGCUGCGGCCCCGGCCGGGGGCUGGGACGUCGCCGGGAGCGUAAUCUCUAUCCGCUGGUGCUCAAGCAAACCAUACCAAAUCUAUCCGAAUACCAGAGCGGUGCCAGCGGCCCACUCGAGGGCGAAAUCAAGCGCGAUUCACCCAAAUUCAAGGAUCUUGUACCAAACUACAAUCGGGAUAUUCUAUUCCGGGACGAGGAGGGCACCGGCGCCGAUCGCCUAAUGACAAAGCGCUGCAAGGAGAAGCUGAAUGUGCUGGCCUACUCCGUGAUGAACGAAUGGCCCGGCGUCCGCCUGCUGGUCACCGAAAGCUGGGACGAGGAUCAUCAGCAUGGCCAGGAGUCGCUGCACUAUGAGGGUCGUGCUGUUACCAUUGCCACCUCCGAUCGGGAGCCCUCCAGAUACGGCAUGCUGGCUCGCCUGGCCGUCGAGGCUGGCUUCGAUUGGGUCUCCUAUGUGAGUCGUCGGCACAUCUACUGCUCCGUCAAAUCAGAUUCCUCGAUCAGCUCCCAUGUGCAUGGCUGCUUUACGCCCGAGAGCACUGCGCUGCUGGAGAGUGGCGUAACGAAACCGCUCAUCGAGCUCUCCAUCGGAGAUCGCGUCCUGACUAUGGGCACCAACGGGCAGCCCGUCUACAGCGAAGUUAUUCUCUUCAUGGACCGCAACCUGGAGCAGAUGCAGGUCUUUGUGGAGCUGCACACGGACGGUGGUGCGGUGUUGACUGUAACGCCCGCACAUCUGAUCAGCGUGUGGCAUCCGGAGCGCCAGCAGCUGGACUAUGUCUUUGCCGAUCGCGUGGAGGAGCUCAACUAUGUGCUCGUGCGGGAUGCGGCAACGGGUGAGCUGCGUCCGCAGCGGGUUGUGCGGGUGGCCAGUGUGCGGAGCAAGGGCGUGGUGGCACCACUCACCCGCGAGGGCACCAUUGUGGUGAAUUCGGUGGCCGCCUCCUGCUAUGCGGUCAUCGACAGCCAAUCCCUGGCGCACUGGGGCCUCGCGCCCAUGCGCAUACUCUCCACGCUGCAGUCGUGGAUGCCCGCGAAGGAUCAGCUGCGCAGCUCGCAGCAGGCGGAGGGCGUGUCGCGGGCAGAGCAGCAGAACGGCAUCCAUUGGUAUGCGAAUGCGCUCUACAAGGUGAAGGACUAUGUGCUGCCAAGGAGCUGGCGUCACGACUAAAGCGCCUCGAUGCGGGAUGCGAUAAUUGUAUUAUAUUUUGUAGUUAUGUAUAUGCCUAGUGUAUGUUUAAUGUAUUUCAAUGUUGAAUAUGAUUAUUACGAUCGAUCGAUACUAUUUAUUAACCACCCACACACACACACACACACACACACA